UCAGCGUGGGAAACAGAAAGCAGACAGGCUGGUAAUAUGUUAACGCUGUGUUCAUCCUACUCGAUUACGUUGUAACCAGUUUAACCCGUGACACGCUGUGUGGAUCAACUAUUGCUUCUACGCGUUGAGCUUUGAAGAACACCUUUUCACUGCAUGCAGUGGUAGCCCGAUAGUGAUUGGUUGCUUAAAGGCUCACACAAAGCCAAAUUAUUUCAUUAAAGGGCAACCCUUUUAUUCACGAGAGAAUGGCGAGCGAUUUUAUCUGACGCCAUAGCAGACUGCAGUAAAGCUAUCGCUGAAGACGGAUUAGAUAUAUGGCCACGUACAGUUUAAAGACUUUUGUGUACUACAAUUCCCAGUAUCCCCCACUAUUAUAAGGGCUAGUAGAACAUCUGGAGUUUGGAUUAGUUAGCAGAAGUUAUAACAAAAAUUCCCGAAUUACAUAUAAGUGAUAGAUGCCAAGCAGCACUUCUGUUCUACAACUGUAUUUAUGCAAUACGUUUCUGUCCCACCCUCCUCGUCCCUCCUCCUCCUCCUCCUGGACUGCAUCUCCCACAACCCUCCGCGAUGCGCCUUCGUACAAAUAUGGCAGAUUACUGGAGUUUUCAGCCCUGAAAGUGACCGGCGAUGGCUUUGGGCGCUAUGUUAGCAGUUUCUGUGUGACUUGUCAGGUUGGUAGGUGUCUUUGGUCAUAUACGCUAAAAGGAACGGAGACAUGGUAAGAAGACGGGAAGUUAUGUCUCUUCUGUGGUAAGAAUGAUCAGAAACAAGUUACAUUGCUGUAAGGAAAGCAGUUAUAACUAUAAGUGCAAGGAAAAUUUAUUUUGGGUUCUAGCUUUGUUUCUUUGUCAUAUACUUUUUCAGGAUAAAAAAGUAAACAUUUAAGUUGUGAGUUGUGAUUAAUGUGAACUAAAAAAGGAAUGGAGUUCCAUGCCCAGUCUCCCCCAGUCUCAUCAUGCCACAUGAGGACACAAACUCCUUCACAAAUAGAUAUGGAAACCCCACAACAGUAUGAGGAAUGUUCUGUGAGUUGCAGUCUCCACUCCUCCCAAAGCCUUGAGGAUCCUGUUUGUAUGGACCCAACAGAUAGGGCACCCCCUCGUGUGGACAGCUGUCCAGAUAUGGACACAAGACCUCCUCUCACUCCUGAGCUGAAUGUCAUGGAUCUGGAUGGAGAUGUGCCAGGAGAGGGCUUUCAUAUGCAGGAGCUUCUAAAUGAGUUAACAACUUUGGAAGAGCCUUUAGAUGUAAGACCCAGCCUAAACAAUCUCAAUGAAGCAACAGACAAUCUAGAGGGGCAAGCCGAGGGCCAGCCUUGUCCUUUGCAUAUAGCCAUGGGAAAAGGACUGUCAGAGAAACCCCGCCGGGUGUCUGAAUCAGAGACAAUGCUUUCAAACAGUAGAGGUCUCUUUCUGACAGAUGCUGGCUCAGAAGAAUUAUUGCACUUAUUUCAGCAUGAAGAAGGAGUGCUGGCAGAUGUGGGUUCAGCUGUACCUUUGGCUAGGUUGGAAGAACUUCCCAAGAACAAAUCAUCUGUCUCCUGUUCCUUGCAGGAAGCUGGAAAGGGGAGUUCGGAAGAGGUAAAACAGAAGUCACCUUCUUCUUUCUCCUCAGACUUAUGUAGAGAGGACUCAUUUAGCAGUUUGGAAGAAGUUCCUGAUGAGGAGACACUGGAUACACCCUCAGAAACCACCUCAGCAGCAAAAGUACCUGGCCCUUGUGAUCCAGAGGAUCUGAAAGAUGGAGUGAUAUUUGGUGCACAGUAUCUGGGGUCCACCCAGUUGCCAGGUGAAAAACACCCUGUGGCCAGCACACGAAUGAGGCAGGCUCAGGAAGCAGUAGAUAGAAUUAAGGCACCAGAUGGUGAGUCUCAACCAAUGACGGAGGUCGAUAUUAUGGUGUCAACAAGAAGGGUUAAAGUGCUUUCUGCAGAUUCUCAGGAGUCUUUGAUGGACCACCCUCUACAUACAAUCUCCUUUACAGCUGACAUUGGCAGUAUUGUAGUCCUUAUGGCACGCAGGAAAAUUCCCCGCACCCAAGACCAGUCUCCCACCCAGAGGAAACCCAACAGAAUACUUUGCCAUGUGUUUCAGUCUGAUGAUGCUCAGCUUAUUGCUCAGGCCAUUGGUCAAGCUUUCGGUCUGGCCUAUCAAAAAUUUCUGUGCUCAGACAGGGUUGGCCCUUUAACAUCAGGAAGUGGUCAAAGGGAGGAACACCUUUACAAUGCAGAUUUGCCUCACUUCAGCAAAAGUGACAGCUGCAGGGAGGUGUACAUCCAGAAGCAGCGAGGAGAAAUGCUUGGCAUAGCUGUGGUUGAAUCAGGAUGGGGAUCCUUGCUUCCUACUGUAGUUAUAGCCAACCUAAUGCAUGGCGGUCCUGCUGAACGUAGUGGGGAUCUUAGCAUUGGAGAUCAUGUGACUAGUGUAAAUGGCACCAGCCUGGUGGGGCUUCCCUUUUCAACAUGUCAAGGCCUAAUACGGGACCUAAAGGGGCAAAGUGAAGUAAUUUUGAGUAUUGUGCGCUGCCCUCCAGUGAUCACAGCCAUCAUUCAGAGGCCCAGUGUUAGUCACCAGCUGGGCUUUUGUGUUGAAGAUGGAGUGAUAUGCAGCCUGGUGCGUGGUGGUAUUGCAGAGCGUGGAGGGAUCCGAGUGGGUCAUCGAAUAAUUGAAAUAAAUGGACAAAGUGUUGUGGCAACAGCGCAUGAAAAGAUCAUCCAGACUUUGAUGGAUGCUACUGGGGAGGUCCAUAUAAAAACUAUGCCAGCCUCUACAUACAGGCUUCUUACAGGACAGGAGAUCCCAGUCUACUUAUGAGAAGAUUUAUUUUUUUGUCUACACACUGUGCUGCAUUUGUGAUGCUCAGGGAUGUUUGUGGGCAUUUUUUUUUUUUUUUUUUUUUUUACAGCAGAUUUUGUCCCCACAAACUGUAUUCAGAGCACAAUCAUGCUAAAACAGAAUAUUGUGUUUACCAUGUAUGUAGAACUCCAGGAGCUCAUUUUCAUCAAGCGGUGCAGUGAAUCAUCUGAGGUUGCAGAAGACAUGGGCCCCUCUUCUUAUCAAGGGCACAGUGCAAUAAGGAAAUAUGCCUAGAAUGUUGUAUGUCUUACCACAUUUUUAUCUGUUCAUUUACUUUCUGCCUAGAAGACAGUGAAUACCAUCUCUAGAGAGAACAUACAGUAUAUUCUGAAAUCAUCUUAUAAAAUGGGCUUGCAUCAUCACCAAAGCAAAUGGAAAAUCAUUGACAAAUAUGGGCAGUCUUUGUGCAGUGAGAUUUUUCAUUGGUUUAAUUGGUAACUAAUUAUUUUUUUUUUUACAAUAAACUUUUGGUAUGUUGUAUAUGGAGCAUAAGAUCAUGAGUAGUACCUUAUUUCAUUUUUUAAACUAAAAUGAUUUUACUUUUUGUGUAACUCUCUAGUGUGAUAUUUAAACUGGCAUUAGGUUAAUAGUCUGAACAGAGGAUCAUAGACAGAUGGUAUGUAAAGAAAGAUAAACAAUAAAUGUCUAG